AUGACGACCGCCCUUCGCAAAGUGAAAGGCAACUUUGAACGAAUGUUCGAGAAAAAUCUAUCAGACAUGAUUCGCGGCAUCCGCAACAACAAAGACAACGAGGGACGAUACAUCGCCCAGUGUGUGGACGAGAUCAAGCAGGAACUUCGACAAGAUAACAUAUCCCUUAAGGCGAACGCGAUCGCAAAAUUGGCUUAUCUUCAAAUGUUGGGAUACGACAUAUCAUGGGCAUCGUUCAACGUCAUUGAAGUGAUGAGUGCUUCAAAGUUUGUUCACAAGAGACUCGGAUAUUUCGUGGCUUCGCAGAGCUUCAGCGAAAACACCGAUGUCUUGAUGCUGGCAACUAAUCUUAUCCGCAAGGAUAUCAGCAGUUCGAACAUGUAUGAAGCGAGCGUGGCGCUUGCCGGUUUUGCUUGCUUCGUGUCCCCUGAUUUGGCCCGCGAUCUGACCAAUGACGUCGUUGCGUUGCUUAACUCCUCCAAACCGUAUACACGUAAAAGGGCGGUAAUUCUGCUCUAUAAAAUCUUUCUCAAGUUCCCCGAUGCGCUACAGCCUACAUUUGGGCGCCUGAAAGAAAAGUUGGAUGACCCUGAUCCUGGCGUUCAGUCGGCCGCUGUGAAUGUGAUUUGUGAGCUGGCGCGGAAGAAUCCAAAAAACUACGUUUCACUUUCGCCGACGUUUUUUCGUCUCAUGAGCACGUUUUCGAACAACUGGAUGCUUAUUAAAAUCAUUAAAAUGUUUGGUGCUCUCACUCCUCUGGAGCCUCGCCUGGGCAAGAAACUAAUCGAGCCGUUGACGAACCUGAUCAACAGCACGUCUGCUAUGUCGUUGCUGUACGAGUGCAUCAACACGGUCAUUGCAGUUUUAAUCUCCAUAUCUUCCGAAAAUCCUGGCGAUCAUAUUGCUAGUAUACAGUUAUGUGUGCAGAAGUUAAGCGUGCUGAUCGAAGACUCUGAUCAAAAUCUGAAAUACCUUGGACUGCUAGCGAUGAAUAGGAUACUGAAGACUCACCCAAAAGCUGUUCAAGACGAAAGCAUUCGCCUACGCGCAUUGGACCUUCUCUACGGAAUGAUUUCGAAAAAGAACAUAAUGGAGAUCGUUCGGAAAUUACUCGAGCACCUAGCGAAUGCUGAGGGCCCGAUGUACAGGGAUGAAUUAGUGUCGAAAAUAAUACAGAUAUGUUCCAACGACAACUACCGUUAUGUCGCGAACUUCGAAUGGUACGUCAGCGUGCUUGUGGAGCUGACUCGUGUCGAGGGCACGAAACAUGGUCCGGUGAUUGCCGAACAGAUGCUAGACGUCGCGGUGCGCGUUGUGUCUGUGCGUCACUUCAUCGUGUCGCAGAUGGCGUUCCUGAUCGAAAACGCUCCCAUUCUGCUGUCGAGCAGUACGCAAAACCGAAGCAACAUUUCGGAGGUGCUGAGCGCUGCCGCCUACAUCUGCGGAGAGUUUUCUGAGUAA